AUGGUUGGUGAGACGGUAUCAGCGUAUUCGUUUUCACAGAAGAAUCAAGUCAAGACCCUUGCCUCUGCUGUAUACGUAAAAACGCCCUCUGGAGGACAAAUAGAGCUGGAUCCCCAACACUUGUAUCAGCGCCUUCUUCUCAUGGGUGUUGGAGACAUACUUCUUUCUGAAUUACUCGGCUACGAACUGUGCUCUCUACCGGCCACUCUUUUUGACAACUACAUGCGCAUGAGAACCGGCGACAAAGCAGAGCUAAUUCACCAUUUAGUCAAGCUCGUCCCUGAAAGUGUUGUUUCGACACUCCCCACUACAGGCUUGCGGUAUGUCAUCGACGGAGGAGGGCUGCUUCACAAGUUCGCAUGGCCAAAGAAUUCCACGUACGCUGAAAUAUGCACUCUGUACGUUCGACAUGUGAGUAGCAGCUACGCCAAUGCCACAGUGGUUUUUGAUGGAUAUCAUGGCCCCAGUACAAAAGACGAAGCACAUCGACGUCGAUCAAGCAACGACGUUGGCGGAACAGUGUCUGUUACCAAAGAAAUGCGCCUGACGAUGUCCAAGAAAGCUUUCCUUGGGAAUUCUUCCAACAAACAGGCCCUCAUCUACCUCCUCGCUGACGAAAUGGGUCGAGCUGGAAUCCAUGUUGAGCAUGGCACAAGGAAAUGCAGACUACAAGAUUAUUUGUCAGAGGGCUUGUGCGUAUGCCUUAGGAAGUACAGUAGCUGUUGUUGCAGAAGACUCUGA